AUGGCAUCUGCUGCCAAGACCACCUCUGCACGAACAUGCCUGGUCACGGGAGGAGCAGGAGGUCUAGGCAAAUCGAUCGCCCUCGCCCUACUAGCCGAAGGCGCGAACGUAGUUGUCACUGACUUCAAUGAAAAGACACUCAACUCCGUAACCGCAGAAUUCCAGCAGAGAAAAGAAUCUGUCUUGUUUCUGCCCGCUGACGUCUCGGAUGCCGGGGCUGUGGAAUCGUUGAUAUCCAAGACGGUACAGCACUUCGGUCAGCUCGACGUUCUCGUCAAUUGUGCCGGCAUUUUCGAUCGCUUGGAGCCAGUGGGGGAGAUCAGUCCAGAACUUUGGUCAAAAGUCCUCACCGUCAACGUCACAGGACCAUAUCUGUUGAGCAAGGCCGCCAUCAACCAUUUCCUGAGUAGAUCUGCCACGGAUGCAUCGAUCAUCAACAUAGGCUCACUGGCGAGUGAGCACGGAUGGUGUGGAGGUGCGGCGUACACCACCAGUAAGCACGCCGUCAGGGGCCUCACCAAGUCCAUCGCGGCUUUUUACAGAAACAAGGGCAUCAGGUGUAACUUGGUCAUGCCGGGAGGGAUGAACACGGACAUCGUCACGAACAUGGCCAACACGCAAGGUUUACAUCAAGAAGGCUCCAAGAUGUUGGACGCUGUGGUGGAGGCUUUGGAAACUCCCAUUUCCGAUACGAAAGAGGUGGCGAAUUUGGUCGUCUUUCUGGCGUCAACGCGCUCAUCUGCCUUGACCGGGGCCGUCAUCAAGGCAGAUCAUGGUAUAACGGCGCUCAUAUAA